GAUGCAAUGGUUGCUAUCGCUUUUACAACUGGAAUCAAACCGAAAAACUUCGCCUUAUAAAGUAGCACUUAUUAGCAAAAAUGGGACAGCAGCGAGAGUGUAUUGUAGUGAAUAUGCGUUCGGCGAUAGUGCUAAUCAUCAUAUUCGUAUUGACCGGCAUAAAAAACAGCGAAACCGCCAGCGGUGGCAACCAAAUGGAUCUAGCGGAUAUGAAAGGUGAUCCACGCAAGGACAACAGCAAUUCAGGAAAUAACAAUAACAACGAUAAUGUAGUGUUUGUACCAGCCUUGGCGAAUUUGGGCAGCAAAUCUCCAGCAGCUGGCGACAACAACAACGGCAACAACAUCACGAACAUGCUAUGCCCCUUGGAUAAGGAAACACCCUGUGAACGGUUGCCAUUUCCAUGCAUUCGCUGCACUUACAACUUCAAUUGCCUGUACGGCCGCGAUAUCAACAUCACAUGCGAGGCAGCCAACAAUGUACAGUGCAGUGGAGAGCGCUCGUUUCAACGUCAAAUGAAUUGUCGCUAUUGCUAUCAAACCGAAAUGUGGCAACAGAACUGUGAACAACAUGCCAAUUGCAACUCGGCUGCAGAGAAAUACUAUCGCACUAAUUGCACUGUGCAUCAGAAUGUGCUUUGUCUGGGGAGCCGUUCGUUUACUCGUAAUUUGCGCUGUAACUGGACUCAGGGCUAUCGCUGGAGCACCGCGUUACUCAUCAGCCUUACUUUGGGCGGCUUUGGCGCCGACCGUUUUUAUUUGGGCCACUGGCAGGAGGGCAUUGGCAAGCUGUUCAGCUUUGGUGGCCUCGGCGUGUGGACAAUCAUCGAUGUUCUCCUGAUAUCUAUGCACUACUUGGGCCCUGCUGAUGGUUCGCUCUACAUUUAAUCCGAGGAACAACCCCGAUGGGGGAAUUACCUAAAAUGCGUUUUAUACAAAUUAAAUUUGGAACAUGCGACACUUUCAUGUAUUAAAAUCAUCUAUAAAUUA